AUGCAAACCAACAGCUUGCAACCGAGUAAAUAUGUCGGCCUUGUGGCUGACCUGAUGCCGAAUAUUCGUCUCAUGAAGUAUUCCGGCUUAUUUAUGCAUAAUUUCACGGGUGGUUCAGCAUUUAUAAAGAAGGUUUAUUCUUCAAUUCAUUUGGUGCUGAUAACAGCACAAUUCAUUUUUAUACUGGUUAAUUUGGCGUUGAAUGCGGAAGAAGUGAAUGAAUUAUCCGGAAACACAAUUACAGCACUCUUCUUUACACACUGCAUAACGAAAUUCAUUUACUUGGCAGUAAAUCAGAAAAAUUUUUACAGGACACUUAACAUCUGGAAUCAGGUCAACACUCAUCCGUUAUUUGCGGAAUCGGAUGCACGCUAUCACUCGAUUGCAUUGGCUAAAAUGCGAAAACUGUUUUUUUUGGUUAUGCUAACAACUGUGGCUUCAGCUGUUGCUUGGACUACAAUUACAUUUUUUGGGGAAAGUGUUAAGUUCGGUUUUGAUAAAGAAACGAACACAACAAUAACUAUUGAUAUACCACGUUUACCAAUUAAAUCGUUUUAUCCCUGGGAUUCAAGCAAAAGCGUAUUCUAUAUGAUUAGUUUUGGUCUGCAAGUUUACUAUUUACUUUUCUCCAUGGUGCACUCGAAUCUCUGUGAUGUAUUAUUUUGCUCGUGGUUGAUAUUUGCCUGCGAGCAAUUGCAACAUCUUAAGGGGAUUAUGAAGCCACUUAUGGAACUAUCAGCCUCAUUGGAUACUUAUCGUCCUAAUUCAGCCGCACUGUUUCGCUCAUUAUCAGCCAAUUCCAAAUCGGAAUUAAUUCAUAAUGAAGAAAAGGAGUCCACUGAUUUGGAUAUCACUGGUAUUUACAGUUCGAAAGCAGAUUGGGGCGCACAAUUUCGUGCACCGUCAACAUUGCAAAAUUUUAAUGGUGUCAAUGGUGUGGGCACAAAUCCGAAUGGCUUGACAAAAAAACAGGAAAUGAUGGUGCGCAGCGCUAUAAAAUACUGGGUCGAACGGCAUAAGCAUGUUGUCAGAUUAGUUGCAGCCAUUGGUGACACCUAUGGCGCCGCUCUAUUGUUGCAUAUGCUGACAUCUACAAUCAAACUCACUCUUUUGGCAUAUCAGGCAACCAAAAUCACUGGAGUAAAUGUUUAUGCCUUCACCGUUAUUGGUUAUUUGGGGUAUGCCUUGGCACAAGUAUUCCAUUUCUGCAUAUUUGGAAACCGCUUGAUUGAGGAGAGCUCAUCCGUCAUGGAAGCUGCUUACUCCUGCCACUGGUACGAUGGCUCCGAGGAGGCUAAAACUUUUGUGCAGAUUGUCUGUCAACAAUGCCAAAAGGCAAUGACCAUAUCUGGAGCAAAAUUCUUUACCGUUUCCUUGGAUUUAUUUGCAUCGGUUCUGGGCGCUGUUGUCACCUACUUCAUGGUCUUGGUGCAGUUGAAAUGAACCAAACAAAGAUUAGCAAUAACAAUAGAAACUCAACAAACUCAGCAAACUCGACAAAAACUCAACAAAAAUUCAACAAUCCUAAAAUUUGGAAGGAUAUACUGCAAUUUUAUGUAGCCAUAAGAAAAGGGAUCCAAAGGAAAAUCCGUGUGCCGUUUGGAAAAUUUAUCAAUAAAAGUUUGUUGUGUAUUUUCACAUCAUUUUAUUUUAGUUUUUUAAGAAAGUUGUUGUCCAUAGAAAAUUGCUGGCUUUACUUGAAGAUUUGAAAUAGUUGAAGAUAAGUUUUAUUUGUUUUUAAGUAAAUUGAAAUUUACAAGCUAUUUUAGGUUCAUGCUUCAAAUAAAUGUUCUUUAAGAAAAAAAAAAUAAACUUUUUGAAUAAAUAUUG